GGUGCCCCAGCCUCCCACCGAAAACUCUAGAAAGCAUCCCAACACUUUAAACUUUUUGAAUUGUCACUUUGGAGCAACCGGAAACCAAAAGGGAAAAUGUCAUCAACUAUGGACAUUCAAUCUCCUGACCAGUCCCUUUCACCCCAAAACACUCUUCCUUUUAUCCUCUCCCACCCACUCUUUGUGAUCCUCUCAAUGUGAUCAUAUCACAUGCCAUUCCAUGAACCAAAACAAAAGUCAGAGAUGAAAGGAAUGAGAGGAAAGUUUCUCAAGAAACUGAAGUCCAUCCCAACAAUUGGCACUUUGAAACAUGGCCUGCUCUUUCAGGUCAAUCCCGCGGAAAAGUUCUCCAAUCCGAACCAUCAAACACCGUCUUUGCUUGUUCUCAAACACGAAGAUGGCCAGAGGAAGAACAAUCUCUCGGCGGAGCUUGUAGUUAAGGAAUACAAAGAUGAAGAUAUGGGAUUGGGUUUUAAUGUUGUCUAUAAGGAGAAUGUUACACCACCCUCAAUGGAAACCAAAGAAACAGGUGUGGAGGCUGACAUAUUUCAUGAUGCAAAGGAUGAUGAUGAGGAUGAUGAACCUCCUUCUUUGUUAGAUUUCGAAGAGAAGUGUCCGCCAGGAGGAGGCGAUUCUGUCAUUCUAUAUUCAACAAGCAUGACAGGCGUUAGGAAAACAUUCGAGGACUGCAAGGCAAUCCGUUUUUUGCUGGAAAGUUUCAAAGUAUCAGUGUAUGAAAGGGACGUUUCGAUGCACAUGGAAUUCAGGGAAGAGUUGUGGACGUUAUUUGGCGGUAAAGUGAUCCCUCCGAGGCUUUUCAUCAAGGGAAGGUACAUUGGUGGAGCUGAAGAAGUUAUAAGACUUCAUGAGCAAGGCAGGCUGAAGAAGCUCUUAGAAGGAAUCCCAAUCAACCUGUCUAGCUCCCCAUGCACCGGCUGUGCCAACGUGCGCUUCAUUGUGUGCGUCAAUUGCAAUGGCAGUCGCAAAGUUUUCACGGAUGGUGAUCAUGAACACGACGAGUUGUGCGUUAGAUGUCCGGAGUGCAACGAAAAUGGUUUGACUAAGUGCUCCAUCUGCUGCUGAAAACUAAACUAGUGUCUCCCGUUUUCUUGUUAUAACUUUUCGAGUUGUAAGACGCUUAGUGUUUGUGAUGCCUUAGCUUGUCCGAACUAUGAAGAACUAACAAUUUGAUGCUGUAGAAUUUCAGUUGUAGGGAUCUGAUAUGUAUAGUAGAUUGUAAUAUUUAUAAUGUUAAGUUUUCAAUUCCAUU